AUGAGUUUGCGCGACCUUCACCCUGCAUCUUGGUAAGCAAUUAUCUCGAUUUUCUUGGCCUAUCUCUAAGUCAACUAGUUUCGACUUCUGGGCUCCAAGAAGUGAUGAUUGACGUCUUUAGGCCACAAUUAGGUGGGUCAUCCGAGUCUAGAUUCCCAAAUAAGUUAACAGCUCGGUCACUCACUAAAAAUAGCAUCUCGACUUCAUGUGACAAACUGUAUUUCUGAGUCAAUUAUCUCUGACUUCCGGGCUCGAAAUGAUGAUUGGCAUCUUUAGGGGACAACUAAUCGGAUAUUCCAGGAGCAGACUAUCACUGUAGAAUCUGUUUCAGUUAGUUCUGACUCCGCCCAAUGGUAGGUCACAUGUUCUACCUAGUCAACGUUCAUCCUUGGGGCUAAAUAUAUAUAUCAUUCAUGGUUUCUCAGGUAUUCGGUGGCAUGGUAUCCGAUCUAUCGGAUUCCCCAAGGAGCCUUCCGCGCGUCGUUCUUGACCUACCACUCUCUGGGGCACGCGGCGCAGAGACGGAGAACGCCGCCGGGAGGCUCGCCGGUGGGCGGCGGCGGCGGCGGCGACGGCUGCAUCGUCUCCCCCCCGCUGGGCAUGGAGAGCUACAACGCGCAGGUACGACGACGACGACGAAGAUUUCUCAGAGGUUUUUUUUCCCUCAUUUAUUUACAGAGGGGAGUUGGGCUGGAUCGAUGGGAUCUUCUCCACAGGGCGAAGGCUGGCUUGAGCCCAGGGAGGGAGCCGCCAGCGGGGCCCUCGAGGGUCGGCUGGGCGCCAUGGGAAGGGCGGCGUCGGUCUUCUCCCGAGGGACCGUCCGCAGGGGCCCCGCCCAGGUGAGGAACAACCACCCUGACUACGAAUUCUUCCUCUCCCGGAAAUAA